AUGUCACAUGCGGCUUACCAGACUGUCGCUUUGUCACAUGAGUGUGACCAGACUGUUGCUUUGUUACAUAAGGCUGACCAGACUGUUGCUAUGUCACAUAAGGCUGACCAGACUGUUGCUAUGUCACAUGCAGCUGACCUUAUUGGUGCUUUGUUACAUGAGGCUGACCAGGCUGGUGAUUUGUUACAUGAGGCUGACAAGACUGGUGCUUUGUUACAUGAGGCUAACAAGACUGGUGCUUUGUUACAUGUGGCUGACCCGGCUGUUGCUUUGUUACUAGGGCUGACAAGACUGACUGUCGCUUUGUCACAUGAGUCUGACCAGACUGUUGCUUUGUUACAUAAGGCUGACCAGACUGUUGCUAUGUCACAUAAGGCUGACCAGACUGUUGCUUUGUUACAUAAGGCUGACCAGACUGUUGCUAUGUCACAUGAGGCUGACCAGACUGUUGCUAUGUCACAUGCGGCUGACCAGACUGUUGCUAUGUCACAUGCGGCUGACCAGACUGUUGCUAUGUCACAUGCGGCUGACCAGACUGUUGCUAUGUCACAUGCGGCUGACCAGACUGUUGCUUUGUAA